GUGCAUUACGCUACGGUGAAACGAUCGGGACCUGCGACCAACAUGCAUCCGUAGCUUUCUUUACUUUUUACCUGGGGGGAAGGUCAAGAUAACCCGCAUUAGGACGGGUGAUGGCGGAUAAAUGCAAUAUUGAACGACGAGAUAGACCUGCUGUUGGACCAGGAGAUCGAUUUUACAGGCACGAGCUUCUAUCUCAAGAGUGGCUUCCGGCUUUUUACGACUUUAACCUGGUUGUAGGAUUCACAACUCGAUCCAAGCGAGGUGACAGGGCAAAAUGGAAGAGAACUAAAGCCGGCUGUCUACAAAUUCGUACACAAGCGAGGGGUUCUUUUUUUCUUUUUUUAUCGACUGUUCCCCUUUUUUUGAGAGGCCGGGGCUGACCAACAGCAGAAGAGAAUCUCGUUUAACACCCUUGAAGGGGGAGGAUCAGGAUCCUGUGUUUUUGCUGCUCCUGUCCGCCUCUCCCCGCUGGAAUGGCUGUGGCUGUCAAUUACCGUCGCUGAAAGUAGUGUGUGAGGUUUCAAAGCGGCG